GAAAGAGAACAGUUAAGGGCUCCCAAGUAUAGCAGAGGUCAAGACAUUAGGGCAAAAAAGACGAUAAGAGGAUAUGCCAAGAUGCUAGAGAGAAGAGUGACAGGUCACGGACGCAUAGGUUCAAAGCACUGAGCCUUGAGGUUUGGGGGUCAUUGGACAUUUGGGGGCAAGAAGGAGGACCCAGGCGUUUUGUCCCCGCAUUUGCUGAGACAAGCUGAAGGCUGUGCCCUCCCUGGGAGAAGUUCCAGCACCCUGCAGUAGAGGGUGCUCUUCAGUAAUGGUACACGGAAAAGAAACUAACCAGAAAGUCGGUCCUGGCAAGUUUACCCACAAAGAGCACAGGGUGGGACUUCAGUGGGACCAAGCUGGGCUGGAUCUGUUUAGGUAGGCGAAGGAAUUCAUGUGGCAAAGAGAGUAUCUAAUCAGGAAGUUGGGUGCUAGGCUCAUAGCCAAUUGAGCAAUUUGGAGUGGAUCCGAUUUGGGCUUCAGUCAAGAGCCAGUUAUGACUGCAUCGGGAAAUAUGGGGAGAAUAAAGGAGUCAAGAACCUGGUUUGGACUUCACUCCCAGGAUGAGUCAGUGGGGCCUCUCCCUGCAGAUGCCUUGCUCUCUGACCUGGAGACCACCACCUCACACAUAUCAAGGUCAGGGGCUCCAAAAGAGCGCCCCCCAGAGACACUCACACCUCCCCCACCCUAUGGCCACCAGUCACAGACAGGGUCUGGGGAAUCUUUGGGAACCUCUGGGGACAAGGACCAUCUAUACAGCACAGUAUGCAAGCCUCGAUCCCCAAAGCCUGUGGCCCCUGUGGCCCCUCCAUUCUCUUCUUCCAGUGGAGUCUUGGGAACUGGACUCUGUGAGCUAGACCGUUUGCUUCAGGAACUUAAUGCCACCCAGUUCAACAUUACAGAUGAAAUAAUGUCUCAGUUCCCAUCUAGUAAGGUGACUGCAGAGGAACAGAAAGAAGACCAACCUGAAGACAAAAACAGACCCAACGUUACUUGCAGCCCCUCCCCUGUCCUCCCCAAGCCUUCAGCCACCUCAGCCACUCUGGAGCUGGAUAGACUGAUGGCGUCACUCUCUGACUUCCGUGUCCAGAACCACCUUCCAGCCUCAGGCCCAACCCAGCCACCCACAUUGAGCUCCACCACUGAGGGCUCCCCAUCUCCGCCAGGACCUACUAACAAGGGCAGCCUGGACACUAUGCUUGGGCUGCUGCAGUCCGACCUCAGCCGCCGUGGUGUUCCCACCCAGGCCAAGGGCCUCUGUGGUUCCUGCAAUAAACCUAUUGCUGGGCAAGUGGUGACCGCUCUGGGCCGAGCCUGGCACCCUGAGCACUUCCUUUGCAGUGGCUGCUCCACAACCCUGGGAGGCAGCAGCUUCUUUGAGAAGGACGGCGCGCCCUUUUGCCCAGAGUGCUACUUUGAGCGCUUCUCCCCACGAUGUGGCUUCUGCAAGCAACCCAUUCGACAUAAAAUGGUUACCGCUUUAGGUACUCACUGGCACCCAGAGCAUUUCUGCUGCGUCAGCUGUGGGGAGCCCUUUGGAGAUGAGGGCUUCCACGAGCGUGAGGGCCGCCCCUACUGCCGCCAGGACUUCCUGCAGCUGUUCGCCCCGCGCUGCCAGGGCUGCCAAGGCCCCAUUCUGGACAACUACAUCUCCGCGCUCAGCGCGCUCUGGCACCCGGACUGCUUCGUCUGCAGGGAAUGCUUCGCGCCCUUCUCUGGAGGCAGCUUUUUCGAGCACGAGGGCCGCCCGCUGUGCGAAAACCAUUUCCACGCGCAGCGCGGCUCGCUGUGUGCCACCUGCGGCCUCCCGGUGACCGGCCGCUGCGUGUCCGCGCUGGGCCGCCGCUUCCACCCGGAUCACUUCACCUGCACUUUCUGCCUGCGCCCCCUCACCAAGGGCUCCUUCCAGGAGCGUGCCAGCAAGCCCUACUGCCAGCCUUGCUUCCAGAAGCUGUUCGGCUGACGUCCACCGCGCCUCCCAACAGCCCUCUCGCCCCCCCCACCCCCUGCCUUC